AUGAACGCUGACUGCCGCAGCUGGGCGCGUGCAUGCGUGCCCUGUCAACGUUCGAAGGUCACUCGACAUGUCUCGGCGCCAUUAGGAAGAUUUGCAGUACCAUCGAGCAGAUUCGAGCACGUACACCUGGACAUUAUCGUGAUGCCCGUCUCAGAGGGCAUGCGAUACUGUCUCACGUGCGUGGACCGCUUCACACGGUGGCCGGAGGCGUUCGCACUACGAGACCAGGAGGCGGAGACGGUCGCAAGAGCAUUUUACGAGGGAUGGAUUUGCAGAUUCGGGGCGCCCGUGCGAGUAACAACGGACCAGGGGCGCCAGUUCGAGUCCCAUCUCUUUCGACGGCUGAGCGAGAUGACAGGAGUACAGCACCUGAGGACGACGGCGUACCACCCGCAGGCCAAUGGCAUGGUCGAGAGGUUGCAUCGCCAGCUCAAGGCGGCAAUCAAAUGCCGGCAGAAUGAUCGCUGGACGGAGGCGCUGCCGACGGUGCUGCUCGGGAUCCGAGCAGCGUGGAGAGACGACCUGCAGGCGACCGCAGCGGAGCUGGUGUACGGCCAGACGCUGAGGAUCCCGGGGCAAUUCCUGAGUCGACGACCUGUGGACAGCGAGGACGACGCGGCCGACUUCGCAAGGACGCUGAGGGAGCAGUUCGAGGAGCUGCGACCGGUGGACGGCACCCGACACGGGGAGCGACGGCCGUUCCUUUACAAGGACCUAGCGACGGCCGAACAGGUGUUCGUGCGACACGAAGGACCGAAAAAGAUGUUGCAGGCGCCGUACGAGGGGCCGUACGCAGUCAUCAGCCGAGGCGACAAAGUCUUUGUCGUGCGUAUGCACGGCAAAGAGAAAACGGUCUCAAUAGACCGUCUUAAACCGGCUUAUAUUUUACAGAGCGAGCCAGAAAACAACAGCCCGGCAGAGUCGACGGCACGAGACCGGGACACCGAGGUCGAGCAGCGAAACGCGCGAGAGGACGCGAGGCCGCUGCCCCGAGAGAGCCAGAGAACAACGAGAGCGGGAAGAAAGGUCCGAUUCCCGAGUCGUUUCCAGGCGGGCCUGUAG